AAUCAGCUGUUGCCGUUUUCACCUGUGCCGAGAAAAAAAAUUGCUAAAACGAAUACUUGUAAAUGUGUUUAAAAACAAAUUACGGCUGGCCUACUAUAUUAACGCUGCAAAUUCAACUAUAUAGACGUCCGAUUCCGUUAAGGAAUACGGAAAAAUACGCUGCAAUAGAUUAAAACCUAGGUUGAGGCACACCGACGGCAACAUUUUUUUUUUGUAAACAAAUAUUUUGCCGUGGAAAAAACUUAGCUAUCAGUUAACAAAUGCCGUUUAGCUGAGGAAAUCGUAAAAAAAUCGCUUAGAUGGACAAUAAAAAGGAUAUUUACAACCUUUGGGUGCAGUACACGACAAAGAACGAUGAGACCCAUUUCCGGCAGUUUGUGGCCCGCUUUGUGGCCAUUUGGAGGAGCCAACUGCAGCUGGACUUCCAGGCGGAGAGCUGCCCCAUGUGGAACGAGGUUCUGCCGGAUAGUGGUCCCCAUUUGGGUCGCCUGCCGGAUGAGCUGCUGCCCGCCAUCGGCAAGUUCAUCAUUGUGGCCAGAGAUGCCUGCGAAACGGAAGGAAAACUGCAGGAGGAGGCCAUCGAACAGGUGGCCAUUCUGGUGGACUGCCUGGUGAUUGUGUGCCGGCACUUUGACAACAUCCUGGCGGUCAUUAAAUACGAGUACAAGCCCAAUCUGAUAGCCAUACUCUCAAGAGUGUUCAAGCAACAAAUGGAGCUGCCUCAGGCCGUGCCCGCUAUAAGCCACCUGUUCAGCAGCUUCUCGGCUUUCCUGGAGGUCAUGUACGAUCCGUAUCUGACAUGGCGCAGUUUUGUGCGGGGCCAAACGGCAGACUACAGUAGUCUCUCCUACAAGCCGCACUCGGUUCAUGUGGAAAUUGUUCCAUUUAUUUAUGAUUGCUUUCAGGAGGAGAAGCUCAUCCGAUAUGCGGAAAUGGGCGAGAGUCUGCUGAAUAUACUGGGCGCUGUGAUUUGCGGCUCGCAGCUGCAGCUGAAAGUACAGAAGUCUGUAAACUCGACCUCCUCGACCCUGACAAAUAGAAAUACUAACGCUCUAACCACUUCUUCACUUGCCCCCUGCUCGGGUGAUGGGCUGCUAGACUGUGAUAACUUGCGCAAUGGCAUGAAGGCCAUUUGCCCCGCCACGGUAUCCAUCACCAUGAGUAUUCUGAGGCAGUGGGAAAGUGCCAGCAAGCUUCGCCGCGUGGCCCUUCAGUGCUAUGCCCUGAUGGUCAUAGUGCUGCAAAAAUCUAGUCCGGAAGAACGCCAAAUAGACCUAGUUACAUUAGUUCAACUUUAUUGUGAUGCUCUGCAAGAGCUGCUGGCCACCAAGCACUUUGACAGCGGCGAUGCCAACUUCGAUAUAGCCAGCGAUGCUGACCAGGAUGUGGCCAUCGACAUGGCCGCCCUCUCCUCCUCGGUGGCGGCUGUGAAAUUCUUUGUGGCUGGCGAUGCCGGUGUUAGUGAGGCAAUCGCUGAUUCCAAUCUACUGGAACUGCUAACCAGUCUGCCAAAACUAAUAAGACCCUGGCACAUUUCCCAUUCGAGUUCCCUGUGCAGCACCAUGGAGGCUUUGGCUACUUUGACGCGCCACUCCGCGCAAUCCGCUGCACAGUUGCGUCAGGCUGAACGCAUCCAGAGGCUCUUUGCCAGCUUGCAGGAGUUCGGAAACCCAACAGUGGCUCUUUUGGACACUUGCUUCAUGCUGGGCUACGAUGAAAGUGGACACUUGUUGCUGCUGCCCGAGGUGAUGCUGCAGUUGCUUAACUGGGUGCCAACGCUGCAGGAGCAGGAACAGCUACAUGUGACAAACCUUGUGCUCAAGGGCUGCACCGACAACUAUGGAACAAAAUCUGUAGCUUGCGGUAGUCAUAUUAUCAAGGCUGUGUGUGGUUGCCUUUUGAAAGCUGAAUCUCUGGCCGAAAACUGCGUCCAGAAUCUCAUCAAACUGAUAGAGGAACUAAGCAAGCUCAGUAUUGUGCCCGCAGAGCUAAAGUGCAUCUUUAUGCUGUUGCGUCAGGGCACAAGAUUCCCGCAGAACAAGCAGCUGCAGCAGACUCUGGUGGUGAUUGCCCUGCAAAGUUUGAGAGGCAGCAACUCCUGCGCCCAGUACUUCUCAAUUGAACAGCCCACCGAUGGGAUUCUUGUGCCGGACAUUCGAAACUGGACCAUCUCCGGUUCGUAUGGCUUCAUCUUCCACAUUCUGGUGCGCUUCAAUCAGCUGAAGGAUCAGACCAGUAGUCGACGCAUGCUGCUUGCACUGCAGACAGCCAGUGGCAGUGGAUUUGAGGUUUUUGUCCAGCCCAAUGGAAAUGUUGUGGUGGCUGCUUUGACCAGGCGGGAGUACCUUACAUCCUCCACAGCCACAAAGACGCUGAUGGAUGGUCAAUGGCAUUACCUGACGGUAGCCAUAACUCCACCAAAGCGACCCUUUUCCUAUAGUCAAAUCAACAUCUAUGUGGAUUUUGUACAGAAACUCAGUGCCACAUUGAAGGUUCAGGCGAUAAACGAACCCUUCACACACUGCUCUAUUGGAGCUGUGGUGGCACCACCACAACCAGGCGAAGUGGCCAAGACAGGGAUUAUGCCCAGGUCCUCAUCGCAGGAGAGCGGAUCCAUCUACAAGGGAAUGCUACCCAGUUUAUUGGAAAGAACCCUAUCCGCAAAUGUAUCCAACUACUUCACCCUGCCUAUGCGCACACAGACGGCUUUUGAUCCCAAUGUGAAGAACUUUCCCAUCGGCAUGCAGGACACAGUGUUUGGGGAGCAGACUUGCCUGCAUGGACAUCUGGGCGGAGUAUUGCUGGCCGAUCCCACCACCAGCCUGAAGACCAUCUUCGAUGCGGGCUCCAAUUUCAGUUCGAUCUUCUCGCAGGACAAUGAUCUCCUCGAGCUCAACUCUCGCUUCGUUUUCUGCUAUGCCCCGGGAGCAGUGUGGCAUGGUACCUGCCAGGAUCUGAUACCGGGCGGAAAAUAUCCGGGAAGGAUUAGUGCUCAGCACUGCAAGAUCGUAAAGAUCCAGGAGACAAUCAACAGUAUCGGAGGCAUCAGUGCAAUACUACCCAUCCUGCAUAGGUUGGUGAGUUCGGAUCAGGCGGCAGACAUCUCGAUUGGCAGCGUGAGCGAGGAAUCCUUGUCGUGCGCCCCAACGCCAUCGGCCGAGGAGUUCACCGACUGGGAGAUGCUCUCCUCGAACUCGUACACCGAGUGGAAGAUGCUGCAGCAUCCGUUGGCCAGCUUUCUCUGCCUGCUGCGCUACCUCACCCACGAGCACGAGACAAACCAGGAGCAGCUGCUGAGUAGCGAAUGCCUAGCCAUUGUGGGCACAAUGCUCCAACGCUGUCCCCCCGCUCUGUUCGAUGUGAACGCCCUGAUGGCCACCCAUCUGCUGAUGGAGUCGCUGCAAGGACACAAAGCGGAGGCGGGCGGACAGCUCCUGGACGCAUUGUACGCAUUGUACGCUCACAUUGUGUUCGACUUUGCUAUAUGGUCGCGACUGCAGUUCCAAAUCACACUGGGACAUGCCCAGUACCUGAGUGCCAUGAUCAAGAAUGACAGGAAGUUCUUCCGCAAGCGGUAUGGCGUACAGUUUGUCCUGGACGUGGUGCGUCAGUACUACUCCACGCCGGACAGCAUCAGCGAUGACGAUGCCAAGACCAUUCGGGCCACGCUUUUCGGCAUCAUUCGGUUCUAUCUGCAAAAGGAGGUAAACAUCAAGGAGGUCAAUUCAAUGGUGGCCUUUCUGGCUUCAGUGCGACAGGAUGUGGUUCUCGUGGAGUUCCUCGAGAUGAUGACCUUCUAUGUGCGUGGCAAGAAUUGCAAGGAUCAGAUGGUUCUUCUCCUGCAUGAACCCCAGUCCGCCAAUCUCAUCUACAAUUUCUUUGUGGACAAGAGCUACAACAAUGAGAUCCAAGAGGCGGCCAUAAGGUUUAUCAGUGGACUAUUGGCCACCUCGCGGGUGCAUCAGAAGUACAAGCAAGUGCUCCGACUGUACGACCAGGCCACCGAGCAGAGCAUGUUCCCUGGCUUCUUCUCCUUCAUCACCCCCAUGUCGCUUAGCUCUACGAUCCUCUUCCAUUUGGUAGAUGAAAUGCUGGGCCUGCAGCCGGACUACGCAGGUCUCAUCUUCCUCGUCUACCAUGUGAGCAGCUCUGAUUUGCCCGUGAAACUGGAGAUAGCCAAGCGACUGCUGCAGACCACCUUCGUCAAGCAGCAGUCCACGGUAGCGAUGGCCAAGCAAACGGGUUGGCAGGAGUCCAUUGCCCGUUUGCUCAUUCGCAAACCCAUCACCAGUUCGCCACCAGACGAGGAGAAGCGACGCAGCUUUGGCAUUAACUUGGAUGUGCUUUUGGAGGAUAACUCAAGUUUUCUGGCCCAAGCAGAUCUUAUUACGUUCUCGGAGCAGGAGAUUGGCUUGGCACAACUUCAGCAGCAGCAACAGGAGGAGUUGAGCGACAGUGGCUUGAUACUCAACGAAAUCCAAGCUAGUGUUUCCGAGGCAGCCACUGUUAUUGAGAGCGAAAUUAAAGAACUGGCUGAAUCUGUCUCCGGAGCUGUGGUUGAAAAUGCCAGCAGCUUGUUCUCGGUCAUUCGGCAGACCACCCACGAUCUGCAGGACACUUUUGAGUCGUUAACUUUGGGCAGCUCCACGGACACCGCCGAUGGCGCCCAGACGCCUUCCAUACAGCGUGAGGAAUCCCUAAGCUCCGACAGUUCCACACAAUCCCCCCAUGGACCGCCCAAGAAAAGCGACUCCUUGGAAAGCACCUCUGCUUUUGACUUUGUGGCCUAUGGCGAUGUGGACACCGAGGAGCAGUUGGUCUAUCUAGUCUCAAACACACUCUUCAAUAUUUUCUGGCGCGGUAUUCCCAACGAUCAUCCGCAGUGCUGGCAGGAGCGUGGCCAAGUUUUAGGUUGCAUUAACUUGUUGGCUUUGAACAACGAGCUGAUCACUUCGCAUCUCUCACUGCGCCUCCGGAUUCUUGAGAUGGCCGUGCAGGCCUCACUCUUCGACCUUUCGGAGCACGGCAGUCAGACGCUGGUCAACCAGGAGAAUGCCUCGCACAUCCUGCGCAUGGUUUACGAACUGGUGGUCUUGGGCUCCAACGAGGACGAGUCCAAGAAGUGUUCCACCAAACUGCUGGACGGUGUGCUGGCCCUGCUGGACGCCCUGAUGAUCUUUCAGCAGGGAUCCUCUGACGACUGGUCGGACAUGAUUCGAUUGUGCCUGGGCCUGCUGCUCAAGUGCUCACAUCACCCGAAUCCUGGUAUCGUGGCCAUGGCCACGGCCAAACUGCAUGCUAUCCUCCAAAGUCGUUCUACUGAGGAUCCAGCGGAGCUUUCUUACCUUUUGUACAGCAUCAAUAGGGCUUUGGACAAUGCCAUUGAAGUUGGCAAUCCGGAGGAGUAUUCCUUUUUGAUGCCUGUGAUGAAAGCCCUGCUGGAGAAAUGUCGCUUUGCCUUCAAUUUGGACUCCACUCUACCAGAUCUGCCUUCAACUUCCUCUGGUCCUGUCUUCUUCAAUGACUUCCAAAUGUACAGCACCAGCAAAAAGUGGAGGAACUUCAUUGAACGCAUGGUGAAGCCGCUGUACGAUCGCUACCAGCGCGACAUCGAGCUGCACCUGUGGGAGCCCAUCAAUCGCUUCUGGGCGGAGUGCUACGAGGCCUGCAAGGCGGCCUCUAAGCAGAGGGCUUCCAAUCAGGCCGAGAACAGGCGCCUCUUCCAGCAGAAGAUCUACAUGCCGUGGAAGGUGCGCCAGGUGGAGGAGAUGCAGCGUCUGCAGGCGGCUGCACUGCACCACAAAACGACUGACUGUCACAUACGGAAGCGGUGGAAGACCGCCAAGCGUUUCUUGUACGGCCCCCGCGGACCCUGGUACACUGGAGAGCUGGAUGAGGAGUUCUGGAAACUAUCGCCACAUGAGAACGUGGCCCGAAUGCGUCUGAAGUUGGAACCCCAAUUAUAUCCAAAUAAACACGAGAAUGCAGCCAAUCUGCGCGACAAUGCGACCAGUGCUUAUGACACCAAGGAAAUCUCCGAAUUUGACUCCACCAUCAAAAAUGCUGUGGUGCGUGAUUUCUUGGCGGACGACGAGAGUUCGCAAUUGGAAGAGGAACUGCGUCAACUGAUCGACACGCAGGCGCAACAGGAUGUGGCCCUGGAGAAACUAGUCAUGUCACAGGACUGUGAGCUGAUCACGCUGAUGACAAAAGUUAAGGGACGCAUUGAGGUCAACCAGAGUGUGUUCACCUUUGUGGAUUUGAGUCCACCAACGGACGAUGGAGCCAAACACGACUUUAGGUUCUCCACCAACAAGAUACGCGAAGUGCACCUUAGGAAGUAUAACCUGCGCCGGAGUGCUCUGGAAAUCUUUCUGGUGGAUCAGACCAGCUAUUUCCUUAACUUCACCACAAAGACUCGUAACAAUGUCUUUACCAAAAUUGUGGGUCUGCCGCUGCCAAAUAUUCUCUAUGGCUCGGGAAGAUCUCCGGCUGAGCUGCUAAGAGCCUCUGGACUUACCCAGAGAUGGAUCAAUCGCGAAAUAUCCAAUUUCGAAUACUUGAUGUACCUAAAUACUAUCGCAGGUCGAUCCUAUAACGAUUUAAGCCAGUACCCCGUCUUUCCCUGGAUCCUAGCUGACUACACCAGUGACGUCUUGGACUUAACAGAUCCCAAAUCAUUCCGUGACCUAUCCAAACCCAUUGGAUGUAUAAACCCCAAAAACGAGGCCGAAGUGCGAGGCAAAUACGAUUCGUUUGAGGAUCCCUCCGGUGCCAUACCCAAGUUCCAUUAUGGAACUCACUACUCCAACUCGGCCGGCGUGCUCCACUAUUUGCUGCGCGUGGAACCGUUUACCUCGCUGCACAUUGAGCUGCAAAGCGGUCGCUUCGAUGUGGCCGAUCGACAAUUCCACUCGAUACCUCAGACCUGGAAGCUGCUAAUGGACAAUCCCAACGAUGUCAAGGAGCUGAUACCCGAGUUCUUUUACUUUCCAGAGUUCCUCAAGAACAUGAACAAAUUUGACCUGGGCCACCUGCAAAUAACCAAAGAAAAGGUGGACGAUGUCAUACUGCCCGCCUGGGCCAACACUCCGGAGGAGUUCAUAGCCAUACACCGGCGGGCCUUGGAGUCGGAGUAUGUGAGCCAGCACCUGCACCACUGGAUCGACCUGAUCUUUGGAUACAAACAGAAGGGACCCAAGGCUGCCGAGGCCUUGAACGUCUUCUACUAUUGCUCUUAUGAGGGCGCCGUGGAUCUGGACAAGAUCACCAAUCCUGUGGAACGGGAGGCGGUUGAAGGAAUGAUCAACAACUUUGGCCAGGUGCCUUCGCAGUUGCUUCGAGAGCCUCAUCCACGACGUCUCACGCAGGAUGAAACCGCUCUGAAGCUGGUGCGUGCCGAGCUGCGGAGGCCGGAUCUCACCCAGUUCCUGGACAAGGUGGUGCAGUACGAUUGCGAGCUGUCCACGCCCAAGGAUCCCAUCGUCUACCUGAGUCCCCCACGCAGUCCGCCACGCUCCUUCCUCCAGCUGAGUCCUGAUGUCCUAGUCAGUGUGUCCAAAUCCAGCAUUCUUGGCUGCAAUUCCUGGCUGUCGUUUGAUAAGGAUCACGGAUUCCUGCUGGAAAUCGAUGCCACUACAGCCAAUCUAAAGAACCGUAAGCGGGUGUUUGGACCCUUCCACUCCUCCCAGCCGCCGCACUCACAACUCUUUGCCGUGAGCACGGAUGGCAAGCUGCUGUAUGCCGGUGGAAUCUGGGAUAAUUCCCUGAGGGUGUACAAUCUGAACAAGGGCAAGGCGGUGGCUUCGGUUACCCGUCAUUUGGACAUCAUCACCUGCAUAGCGUUGGACAAUUGUGGCUCGUAUUUGGUCACUGGAUCCCGUGACUGCACCUGUAUUGUGUGGAGCAUCCAGUCACAGCAACAGGGUGGCGGUGGCUCCACCAGCAACAUUCCAGUUCAUGCCUUGACUGGUCAGUCGCAUCUGCAGGCUAUAACCCAGCUGAAUACCCAGAACCACUACUCACCCAAGCCGUUGACGGUGCUCUAUGGACAUGAUGAUGCCAUCUCCAGUGUGGCCAUCUACACGGAGCUGGAUCUGGUGGUCUCGGGAUCGCUGGAUGGCACUGUCAAUGUGUAUACCCUACAGGAGGGUCAAUUUGUGAGGACACUCAAGCCCAUUGGAUGCACGGAGUCCUGCGUACAAAUCUCUUUUGUAACCCUUUCCUAUCAUGGACACAUCGCCUUUAGUGCUCUGGACGACACCUCGCACUCGGUGCAUGUGUACAGCAUCAAUGGCUGCAGUCUGGGCUCCAAGUAUGUUUCUGGCCGGGUCACCGGAUUGGCCAGUGCCUCCGACUAUUUGGUGGUGGCCGACGAUGCCGGCGACAUCACCAUGAGCAGACUACACGGCUUGAAGCCCGUUUUCGACAUUCCGCUGCACGUGCCCAUCCAGACGGUGGUGGUGACGCCGGGCAACACCCACAUCCUGGCGCCUCUCCGGGAUGGCCGACUGGCCGUGAUCGCCGUGCAACUGCCAUCCGGUGGCAACAAGAAGCAUUCCGUGCUCAAUGUUUAAAAGAAAUAGGAGCAGGAGCUUAGCGUAACAUUGGACUUCCUCAGAUCCCGAAUUUUACACUCUCUGCCUAGCAUAAGUUGCCCCCUAUUUUCGUGUAGUGCUUCUAGCACAACCUAGAUGUAGAUUUUGUGUCUUGUGAUUUGUCAUGAUUUAUUUUAAUUUUUUUUUUGUCGUUUCCCAUUCUACGUGACGUGCCAAAAGCAAAGCCUUUGACCAACAAAUAAUUCCCACGAAAAGUUGACAAAUGUGUCUAAAGAUAUUCAGCAAGUCGAUCGAUUGCAUUCGCGGAAUUUCCAUGCGAACUGAGCAGUAUUUCACCUGUCAAAAGUGCGUGUUCACCUGUCCGCCAUCCUGGGCCGCCAACAUAAAAUGCCCACAUGAUCGAUGGCACACUCUUCUUCAGUUGAUGAAAAUCAAAUCUGAAUAAAUCAUCAAUCAUGCGCCGAGGUGUGAGGAGAUAUCUCUCUUCGGCCAGGCAAAUGGGACGGAGAUGGAGACGACAACGAAAUCAGAGGAAGACGAUGGGGAAACUGGUUGUAGACGCACUUGGCAACUACUCUACUCACUGACUCACGAGCGACUUUCAAAUUUGCCCAAAUAAAAAAAAAAAAGAACCGACAAAAAAUCACCCGGCAACAGCGGCAAGACGCUUGAAAAACUUAAAAAACCGCAACCGACCGCACAGAUCGACGGCAUCCAGCUGCUCGGGUGCUCAAUAAAAAUAAAGAAAUAAAGAAAUAAACACUUUCGUUGCGCCCCCUUUUUUGCGCCUGCAGACACAACCAAAAAUAGAGCCCCAGAGAUCUUCGUCCCAUUAAGUACGCACACACUCGGAUCACAUGGUGUAUCCAAUAAUUAGCAGAGCAAUUCCAAUUGAAAGUAUUAUCACCGCAAGAUUACAGUCCGUCCACACAGAUCCGCAGAUCCACAGAUCCAAAUUGAAAACCAAACUCACAGACAAUACCAGUGCCAGAACAAAAGAUACUAUUCUUUUCGGUUCCAUUCCCCAAAACUUCUGCCUUUGAUCUUACUCGUCAGCGAUUGUGAAAAACCCCCCCGCGCGCAGACUCUAGAAUUUGAAUUUCCAAAGACAAGCGACAAUAUCAAAGGUGAAUAGAAUAUAUAUAUCUAUUUAUAUAUAUAUAUUUUACGAAUUGUAAUCGCAUAAAGCCCUGGGCAGCUGCAACAGAACAAGCAACCUAUCAAUAUCGUACUCCAGCAAUAUAUACAGUAUAUCAUCUGUGUACGUAAAGGUCCCUCUGGGACCGAGUUCGUUAUUUGUUGUUAAGAUCGUAUCGCGUAUUAUCGUAAAAAUGUUUUCCCCGUUCAAUGUAUGUACGUAAUUGUACUAGUUUAUGUAGAUAAUGUGACUAUCCGUAGUUUGUAGAUCUGUCAAUAAAGUGAUGAGAGCCACACAGUAA